AUUAUAAAAUUAUACGACUAUAUGUAUGACUUUGCCCAACAUAUUUAUAUUGUACUCAUAAUGCUUUGAUUACAAAGAGCUUCUACUUAUCUACAAUGUAUGAUACUGUUUUUCUGGCAUGCGUUAUCAUCUCUGUCUCAUUACCAUGUUCUCCUUUUUUUAAAUGUUAUCAUUACCACUUCAACAAUAUUUUUUGACGUAACUAUCAAUUUUCUUUUUUAAGAUUCAAUGGUACAUUGUCUUAUCAAGAAUCACCUAAAGAGAUAUUAAGCACUUGAGUAGUGGACAUGGACAGUCAACAUACAGUCACUCAAGUGUAUAUCUUAGGAGAUGAAUCAAAUAUACAGAAAUGUGUUAAGCAAAUAACUGGAACAACUUGUGACCUGCAAAUAGUGUGGACGGAGAUCCCAGCCGCAUCUUUAUUAGAGGAUGGAUUGUAUAUGGAAUGUCUGAAAGAGGUUCAGAUGAACAAUGACAAGGACUUGAAUAACGAUACACACGUCCAAGCAUUUGAUAUUGAUACACAGACAUAUUCAUCCGUCGACCUGAAGAGCAAUGACAACCCAAGUUUUUCAACAACUGACGCAGAACAAAAAGAAAGGGCGAGGAAAGUUGACAUAAAUGCAAUAGUUAUUGAAGAGGAGACUAGAAUAAAUGAUGAUCUUGCAUCAUUUAUAUUUACAUUAUUUACCUGGCCCGCGUUAAUCCUGCUCGCUAUCGAUAGUACUACAUUUAAUAUCGAACGUUAUAAAGGUUUUGUCAAAGAAAUGGGAGUGCUUGCAUCGUUGGAAGAAGCCAAGUCUAAAUUGCUGUUAGUUGAUACCAACUCAGAGGUAGACCAAGAGAAAAUAGAAGGUCAUUUUCCUUCCGCUAUCAGAAAAACAUAUUUUACUAGACACAGUCAUUUUGAAUGGUGUCCCGUUCCAGAAAUGUGUCGUAAGAUGAAGGACAUGCUUAAGGAGAUGACUAUAAGCUAUGCGAACGGUCCAAAAUCAUGCAAAAACAUGUUUGCAUCCGGUCAACUUUUUUGUCCUCUUAAGGAAUGUGAUAAAAAAGAAAUUGAAUGGCUCGUCAGAAAAAAGCAGUUAAUACUAUUCAAAUCAAAUGACGAAGAAUUUGUGUGCAAGCCAAAUAUGCUCAUUAACAAAUUAAGGAGCAUCUUAGCCGAGAUGUUCAAUUCAGUUUCGUCUAUAGAUUGUAUUUUAAAGUUGUAUAGAUUUUAUAGAUAUAUCAGCAUUACUGCAAGCAAGGAGCGUCUAACGGAUGCUCUAAUCGAGACAGGUUUUAUUUUUGUAGAAGAUGAUUCACAAAAUGAUACGCUUUAUAUGCUUCCGUUCAUAUAUUCAAACAGAAUGCCAGCUUUUGAUUGUAUAAUGUAUUCUCCUCAUGCCAAUGCUCUCCGAAUGACCGUCAAGGUCGAUAUAAUACCAUCCUUCGUCAGAGGGAAGAUGUACACUAUUCUCUUUAGCAAAGGCUGGAACAUUUUAUGUAGUGGGCCAUUUAAUACUCAAAUCAAACAUUCUCUUAUAUUUUGUAAAAAAUCACACAGACUUUUCGUACACUUUCAUGUAGCGAAAGUUUAUUUGCUGGACUUGAAUACUGAAACCAGUUCAAAUGAUACAAACAUAGAUAGAGAAUAUCAGGAACUGCGAAAAUCUUUUGAAAACGAACUGAAACACUUGGAAAAGGGACCAAGCAACGAGAAGAAUUUAGAUUGUCACUUUUUCAAAGUAAGAGAGAAUCAAGAAAUAAAGAGUGUUAUAGAGGAAGAAGGAAAUGAAUGGGAAAAUGUGUUUGAGGAAAAUAAUGGACUUGUUACAAGAGAUGUAUCUCCUUGGUUUUCUACACAUAUCCAAAAAGUUGAAAGAAAAAUAAAAAACAAAACAAUCAGCAGUGCAUUUUUGGCAGAAGUUUCUAACUUAUUUGGAAAGAAUACUACUUUGUUUUUCGUGGGCGAGGGAAUACCAGAGCCAUUGUUAGCUCAAAUUGAAAAGAACCACAAAGGCGAGGCAAAAGAAGCAACGUUCGAAAUGCUUAUGGAAUGGAAAAACCAAAAAGGGCAGGCAGCUACUAUAGCUGAUUUGCGAACAGCCAUACAGAAAAGUUCCCAUGUCAUUGUCAAUCUGCACGAAUUCGAUCAAAUUGUUUUGAGGCUUAAUUGACAAUUUUGAACGAUGAAUUUCGUAACUUUGAUGUGUUCUCAGAACUGGUCUGUUUCUAACAAUUUUAAUUGAUAUUUACAUGUCGUUCUCAAGUCUUUAUGUUCUUUAACAUUUUCUGUGUUGAUGUAUGGGUUCGUUUGGAAAUGAGCUAACUACACAAUUUCAUUCAGAACAUUAUGUAUACAUGUAUUUUUAAAACGGUUUAAUAAUACCAGGGGCAUGAUGAAAAGGAAAGUAACCAGUGCAUUCACGGAUUCGGUUUGACUAUUUUUGACAAGUAACAAAAUGUACUUUUUUCAUAAUUACUGAAAACAUAUUGAAAAUAUUUAAGAAACAUGUUGAAUUCGAGACACUGCAAUAAGCUUAUGUUCUUACAAAUAUACAAGUAUAACACUCAAUGAGAAAACACGAAAAGUAUUUUUCUUAGAACAAACACUGUACUUAGGCUAUUUAUGUGUUUUAUUUAAUUUAAUUUAAUUUAAUAUCUAUUGAAUAUUUUAUAUGAGCUGUAUGAACAAACUAAACAUGUAUGUUGUGUAUUUUAACAUGUUUAUAUUGCUGACAAAAAUAUUUAUAUUCCCAUAUUCUUUGUUAAACGUUCUUUCCUUUACAUCUGUAUACAGUAAACUCCUCUUAUAACGAACUCGUCGAGACAUUCAAAAUAUGUUCUUUAUAUCCGGAGUUCCUUAUAAGCAUAUAACGAAUUAGUUCCUUUUAUCAGGAGUUUUUAUAGCGAACAUAUUUACAUAUAAUGAACUGAAUGCUUACCAUCGUCCGCCAUUUUUAAGAGCAUUUGAUUAAGACAAAAUAGUCAUUUAUUUCUUUUUUAGACAGAAUACCCGAGAGCGUACUUUUUGGAAUUUGAAAAUCUUUGCUAUUUGCGUUUUAGUUUUACUCUAUUUUUCAAUUUCCCAUAAAAUAUUAUAUUUUGCUUCUAAACUUUGCUUCCGUCCAUGAUAAAGAAUAAACAAGAUUUUCCCUUUUCUCUUCCAUUUAUAUUGAAUAUCUUCUAUUAUAUUUUAAAGGUGAUUUUUACCUAUGAAAUAUAUAGAUUUCUUUUUAUUGCAAUCAAACGUAUUUGUAGUUUUCAAUGGAUAAGCAAAACGUGAUUACGUUGAAAACCAAUAAUAAAUGAUCAUAAUUAUUUUACUUGAGCUAACGUAUUAAUGAAAAGAAAAAAUA